AAAUCAGUUUCUUUCUUUAAAUUCUGACGUAAUUUUUUAUUGGCAGGGCAGUCUAUUUGUUAUAUUUUCCCGACAGUAUUUAUAAUAAAAAUUGGUGAGUCUUUUAAAAUAGCCUUAAAGAAAUAUAGUUUUCUUAGAAUGAUUGUUAACUUUAAUGGUAAAACAUUAUUGCUUUCCAAUUAGUUUGUUUGUAGGAGAAAAAUUUUUAUUUAAUAAAUUUCCUUUUGUGUAUGGAUUGUUCAUGGAAGUCGUGUCUGAAGUGGUGAUGCAAGAGAAGUGCCCAGUGGCAUUUGUAAAUGUAGAUCUUUGUCUUAAUAGAACUUGAACAAGUAAAUGAGAGCUAUUUGCAUUUUCAAAGUAAUUUUAAUAGAUAUUAUAUUUUAAAAUAAACGUUAAGAACAUAUAUUUUGAGACAUCCUGCUGGGCAUAGUCAAAGAUACACAACACUCCAUAGGAGCCCUUGGAGGGCUUGCAUUUUUGAGUCAGCAAAAUUGGUACUUUGUAUAAAUUUAAGUUGCCAUGUGUAAGUUUAAGUUAUAGAGGGGCUAGAAAAGCAAUUAAACAAGAACAAAAGAUGAUAUAAAUUUACUUACUAUGUAACAGGAAAAGUUAACUAUAUAAUAUUUAUAUUAAGGAAAAAAUUUUAAGUGGGAAUUUUGCUCAUUUUGACUGCUUGAGAUUUUAUUUUAUGGAGGUAACACUAUGAAAUUAUGAAUAUUAAAUAUAUUUCCAAUCAUAGCAUGCCCUGUGUAUCUGCUGAAUUUUUCCUGAGAUUUCCUUGAAGUUGAAAUAAGUUAUAAAUAACUUUUUUGUACUUAUUGAAAUAGAAUGUUCCCUUUUUAGAAAUUAAGAUUCUCAAGCCAAACAUUUAAUUGAUUUAUUUUAUUCUCAGGUCCUUUUGCCAAUUUGUGAAUUGUAGUUUGGUUUGGGAUUUUUAAAAAAUAUUUGCUUUUUAAUGCAGAGUUGAAUUUACUAAAAGAUGCAAUUUAGACUUUUAAAGUUUUUAACAAGAAAUUAUUUUCUCCUGCUAGGAGGCAGGCGGAAGUCAUCAUAAAGUUUCUGUUUCACCCGUUGUCCAUGUUCGAGGACUCUGUGAAUCUGUAGUAGAGGCAGACCUUGUGGAGGCUCUGGAAAAAUUUGGGACAAUAUGCUAUGUGAUGAUGAUGCCAUUUAAACGGCAGGCUUUAGUGGAAUUUGAAAACAUAGAUAGUGCCAAAGAAUGUGUGACGUUUGCUGCGGAUGAACCCGUGUACAUUGCUGGUCAACAGGCCUUUUUUAACUACUCUACAAGCAAAAGGAUCACUCGACCAGGAAAUACUGAUGAUCCAUCAGGAGGCAACAAAGUUCUUCUGCUAUCAAUUCAGAAUCCUCUUUAUCCAAUUACGGUGGAUGUUUUGUAUACUGUAUGCAACCCUGUUGGAAAAGUGCAACGGAUUGUUAUAUUCAAGAGGAAUGGGAUACAAGCAAUGGUUGAGUUUGAAUCAGUCCUUUGUGCCCAGAAAGCUAAAGCAGCACUCAAUGGAGCAGAUAUAUAUGCUGGAUGUUGCACACUAAAGAUUGAAUAUGCAAGGCCAACUCGUCUAAAUGUUAUUAGGAAUGACAAUGACAGUUGGGACUACACUAAACCAUAUUUGGGAAGAAGAGAUAGAGGAAAGGGUCGCCAGAGACAAGCGAUUUUGGGAGAACACCCUUCUUCGUUUAGACAUGAUGGCUAUGGAUCUCAUGGCCCAUUAUUGCCUUUACCAAGUCGUUACAGAAUGGGCUCUCGAGAUACACCUGAGCUUGUUGCCUAUCCAUUACCACAGGCUUCUUCCUCUUACAUGCAUGGAGGAAAUCCAUCUGGUUCAGUUGUAAUGGUUAGUGGAUUACAUCAACUAAAAAUGAAUUGUUCAAGAGUCUUCAACCUAUUCUGCUUAUAUGGAAAUAUUGAAAAGGUAAAAUUUAUGAAGACCAUUCCUGGCACAGCACUGGUAGAAAUGGGUGAUGAAUAUGCUGUAGAAAGAGCUGUCACACACCUUAAUAAUGUCAAAUUAUUUGGGAAAAGACUUAAUGUUUGUGUGUCUAAACAACAUUCAGUUGUUCCAAGUCAAAUAUUUGAGCUGGAGGAUGGCACAAGUAGCUACAAAGAUUUUGCAAUGAGCAAAAAUAAUCGCUUUACAAGUGCUGGCCAAGCGUCUAAGAAUAUAAUCCAGCCACCCUCUUGUGUGCUGCAUUAUUAUAAUGUUCCAUUGUGUGUCACAGAAGAGACCUUCACAAAGUUGUGUAAUGACCAUGAAGUUCUUACAUUCAUCAAAUAUAAAGUGUUUGAUGCAAAACCUUCUGCCAAAACACUUUCUGGGCUAUUAGAAUGGGAAUGCAAAACUGAUGCAGUAGAAGCCCUUACAGCACUUAAUCACUACCAGAUAAGAGUCCCAAAUGGUUCCAAUCCCUAUACAUUGAAGCUUUGCUUUUCUACAUCGUCCCAUUUAUAAGAAGAGAAGAGCAUGUUAGAAUUUAUGUUCACCUUUAUUACAAUUUUAAAGCUACACUUCAUUUAAAAUAAUCAAAUGGUUGAUCUAAUGUUGCCUUGCUUACUUUAAGAUCCUGUUCUGUAGUAAACAUAUUUUGCCUUGAGUAAAUUUGUUGUAAACUUAAAUAUUGAAUUGUUUUCAUUUUAAGAUAUAGUAUCUUAAUGUAGACUAUCUACAUCUUUGUUGUAGAUUAUUCAAAUAUAUGAUUUCUAACCUUAUUACUAUAAUUUUUCUUCCAUAGUAAACAUAUAUUUGCAUUCUUAAUGCUAAUUAUCUGCAAGUAUUUUUCCAUUGUGUAUGAGAUUAAUGCAGGUGAAAGUAUUGCAUUUUAAUAUUAUAGAAUUCCUAUUAUGUUUAGAUGUUUAAGUAUGUUACCAUAACUCAUAUUAAACAUAACUUAUAUUUAUUAUUUUAAUCAAAUUUGAGAAUAACAUUGCACAUGUUGAAUUUUAAGUACUACAAAUUUAGCUGAUUUUAUAUUUCUGAAAGGCUAAGAGACAUAUGGAUACAUUUGUACAGUAUGCACUCAAACUUAUUUAAAUUGGUGUAUUUUGUUUUAAGUCAUUGUUCAUUUGUAUUGACAUGCCUCUGUUUCUAGUUCCAGUUUGGAGAUUUUAUAAAGUUAUAGCAAUGGGUUAA